AUGUUAGGGAGAGGGCUUACAUUGGCUAUCUUGUUAGCAUGCCACUUCUGGAGCUGCGAGGGCGACGUUGAUCCCUGCUGGUCCGGCGUCCCUGAAGAUGUGAGGGAUCUCUGCUGUAAGCUCGAAGAUAGCAGCUGCUUCAGCACCGAGUUCACUUUCGAUCGGUGCUGCCAGAGAGUUCAAGCAUCACCGUCCAGAUCUAAAUCUGGACAUGUGCCCGCAACGCAGUCAUCCGACCACGCUGCUUCAUGUUUUGAAGAGGGGUCCUCCUUCACGUAUGAAGGUUGUUGCGAAUCUACCGGUCACGCCCUGAAAGUAUUGAUUUCCGAUGGAGGCUGCUUUGACCCCCCCUUUGACAAUGGAGGAGUGGAGUACUCAUACUUGAGGUGCUGCUUGGACCUGCCACACCCGGAACAGUGGAUAUAUGUGCAACUGCUAAAAGGCUCCCCGACCUCUGACUUCUUUCAUCUCAGUGGCACACUCUACAUGACGGAAGCGGCGAAACGGCAGUUUCGGCAAAUAGGCGCUCCCAUGCCCGCGGCGACGCUUGGCGGUGUGAGUCAUGCUGACCUGCAAAGCCCCUGCUUGAAGCGCUUCUUGUACGACUCCAAGUAUCAGCUCCUGCCCAUGUGGAGCAGCAAAGAGAUCUUUCCCCCGCCUCCGAAGGACAUCAACAAGGUCAUCAAUUUCCGCACCCGGAUGAAAGAAGCUGCGGCGUGCUGGACUGAUAUAGACUGCAACUUUUACCUGGUCAAGCUCGACUGGUGGUCUAUGGAUCGCAAACAUCACGAGGCCGCCUAUGUGCUCACGCUGCCAGCUAGUUGCAACCUUGGAGAAGCGGCAGUGACUCUUAUCCCUCUCCGGGCAGACGGCCGCAUCGACGGGCCGGUAAUCCUUGGAGGUGCCACCUUUCAGCAGGUUCGAGAAGGUGACUCCUGCAUUUUACCAGCUCGAGCUCCUGGUGUUCUCGCUCUGUGCACCGGCGUUUGCGCUCUGUUUUUGGCCCCGUGGCUGUAUUAUUACCUCUGGAGUGGAAGCAGUGGCGCAGCCGCAUCCAAAGAGAAGGCUCCCAAUGUGGCGAUCGACAUCUUGAGGCUCCUCGCAGCGUGGAUCGUGGUCGAUACCCACCGGGGACAGCCCUUUCCCUUCUCUUGGCCUAUCUGCUAUAUGACUGGAGCAGAUAUUCUAAGAUUGGAGGACAUAUUCGUGGUGGUGACGGUCCGCUUGAUGUCAGUUCGCAGCUUUACACCGCAGUCUUUUGCGAUGAAGAUUGUGCGGAAAGUAGCAAUCCAAGUUAGCACGCUCAUAGCAUUCACACAUUGUGUCUGCUUGUUCAUUCGUCCUGCGUCCCCGUGGUAUUGCGGACAGAAACUGUUCUUCGAGCAUGAACAGCCACGCGCUUCUUUGAAAGGCUGGUCGGAAUGGGUUCUAGCGGCUGUUACGAUGCGUAACUUUGAAGACUGGGUGCGACCAGCCUUCCCUGCCGAUGAUUUGCCGAACCCGUCGUGGCAGACAUCGACGUGGUUGGUUUGCCUGGAGUACACGAUCGUGUGGUGCCUCGGAGCUGCGCAUGCAAUCGAGUCGGUGUUACCGCAUUUAAUCCCAGCCGCCACAGUGGCGUAUCUUGCCUGGAUGUGUGUGGAUGUAGACCGUCAGCCUCAAGUGUGUGUCCAGUGGGAGCCCUAUCAAUCACUCUGGUACUGUCGGCUGCCCUCUGCCAUGUUCACACACUGUGCCUGCCGAGCUUUUGCACGGUUUCGUGGGCCUUCCGGAUCUCUCACACAUAGGACCCCCGUGGUUGCGGCUAUCGCUGCAACCCUGGGCCUGAGCACGUGUAUCGAGGGCCAUCCUGUUUGGGAGACACUCGGCUUCGGGAAGUCUCACUGCAGGCAGCAGUUACCUUACAUGCUCGCAGGCUUGCCCUUUCAGCUUUCGCUUCUGGCCUUUACAUUUCUCGACCUCAAGCUACCGGAGUCGGCGGCAGCCUGGGUCAGCUACCUGGCCAACUUGAACUUCUGCAUUGUUGUCUCUCAUCAAUGGGUGUUGAUGUUCUUUGAGAAGCAUGCGCCCGAAUUCACUUCUUCCUGGGCCAGCGUGAAAGACCGCGCAGAGGGAAGCCUCUUUGCGAUGCAGCAGCUCUUCAUCAUCUACGCAGUGGCAGCACUUUUGCACGGCUUCGUGGCCAAACCUAUGCAGCUGCUCGUCAAGAAGCUGGAACGCUAUGCGUCUUUAACUCCGGCAUUGGCAUUGGCUCACCUUGCACUUUGCCUAAUCACCUGGCCACACGACAAGAGCUACUACCCGCUCUUCAGGUAUAGCGAUAAGCUUUCCCAUGCCGACUUUCCUCCAGAGUAG